AUGAGAAAUCCUAGCUUCGUCGCGUUAUUUGGAUUGGUUUUUAUAAUAGGCUGUGUUGCGGCCAAUCGCCAUCAUCGACGUCAUUUUUUGAACCAGGAUGGGGACCGGGAGGAUUGUGAAUGUAUCGAGGAGCGUAGUAUUCAUUCCAGAAAUCGUCUCCUACCACCGACAUCGCAUUUCGAGGACUGCACCUGUAUUACCAGAAGGAGACUUGGCUCCAGAGUGAUUAGACUCCCGACCGGGCAUCACCGCCUCCGCGUCCGCAAGCGUCGCGCGGAAAGUGACGGAAAAGCGGCGGCCCGCAUGGAUUCGUGGCUGGCGACGAGCUAUGAAGAGGAUGACAACAAGGAACGACACUGGACAGUACCCGCUCAUGCUUUACCUGUACCGCCCGCCAAACCGACGCCCACUGGGGGGACAACGAAGAAAUCCAUCAAGAAGAAGCCGAAAACGACGAAGAGCUCGCGGCUGAGGAGAGCCCUGUCUCUCAUUGAA